AUGGCGUGUUUUUCUUACAAUCUGGUGAGAAGAUGCUCUGGAAGAGGAGAGGAUGGGAGUGUGAAAUGUGGAAGUAGUGGACGGUGUCACUGCUCAAGGAAAAGGAAACACAGGGUGAAGAGAUCAAUCAAAGUACCUGCUAUCAGUAACAAGCUUGCGGAUAUCCCUCCCGAUGAGUACUCUUGGAGGAAGUAUGGCCAGAAACCAAUCAAAGGUUCACCUCAUCCCAGGGGAUACUACAAGUGCAGCAACAUGAGAGGCUGCCCUGCCAUAAAGCAUGUGGGAUGCUUGGAGGAGCCUUCAAUGCUGAUUGUCACCUACGAAGGAGAACAUAACCAUCCAAGAUUGCCAUCACAAUCAGCAAAUACGUGAGACUUGUGGUCAUCAAGCUUUUGGUUGUCCCGAUUGCUCCUGUACACAUCAUGUCGCACUUGUUCAAGCUUGAGGUACAGGGGAACGAGCGUCUGGUGAAAAAAAAAAGAAGAGAAGUUGGAUUUUGAACCUUAUUAGGUCUGGGAGCAUACAUUCUUGUUGUCAUGAUUUUAGAAUUAGAUGGGCUGUCAUGAUUUUCAUUCUUGUUGCUAUUGUUGUUAUUUCGUUUACCUGUCUUAUUUAGAGCAAUUGAGUUAUAAUAGGUUGUGCUUCACGGGUGGACUUGAUGCUUCUCUCACGUGUUAAGAUAUUUAUUUUUCCUGGUUGUUUUUCAGCACCAUUGAACCUUAGAGGUGAUCUAGAAGUGGAAAAAGGAGGGCUGACUGAGUACCUUGCCACUUGCUGUGGCCAUGGGAAGUUGUAGAUGCAGGCCAACUGGAUUUGUUCAAAGCUCUGGUCACUAAGUUUUUUCCUGUAAAAUGUUCACAUGAACAUUGGUGACGUGUUGUACAUAUUUUUACUUUUGUAACCAUUAUUUACUACCUGGGCAACUGAUAUUUUUGGGACCGUUUUCCAUUUGGAGAUGUGAUUUUCAUUUUUGUUGAGCAAUAUUUUAUAUUUUGGCAUAUAUUUGCCUCUGUAUGUAUUGAAUUGUUCCAGAUUUUUGAUCCAACUGAGGCUGACAACAUUUAAAGCAGGGAUUUGAG